AUGCACCAUUACAAUUAUUAAUUUGACUUUGAAGGAGAUCUAAUUAUUUAUUAAGAUGGUUAAAUUUUACUUGCAACAGCCUAACUUAAAUCAUUUCGUCUUAAACCUCCUAUUGCAUCAAAUAUUACGAUAUGUCCAGAUUAUUGUGAGAGAUUUUCAAUACAUGACUUAAUGAUAUGGUCAGGUCUACAUCAAUAUACUCCUACUCUUUUAAAAUACAGUAAUAGAACUCUGGGUUUAAAUUCUAAACUACUUUCUUAUUUUUCAUUUGAUGAGAAUUCCGGUUCUGUAUUAAGAGAAAAGGCAUUUUAGUAUUAAGUAAAUUUGCAAAGAUAUAAUCAUACAAAGUAUUAUAAAAUUGUUAGAUGGGAGGAUACAGAUUUUUUCUUCAGUAACCCUGUGCCAACUAGUUUGUGUUAAUUCAAUUAGAUUUAUGAUGAUGAUACAGAAGAAUGUGAGUUAAUGAAUGAUGCUUGGGAAACUAUUGAAUUUCAAGUCACUAAGAAUGCUCUUGAAUUAGACUUAGAAACAGAUAGAGAAUUCUCUCCAGAAUGGACAAUGGAAUUUUUCUUCAAGUUUACUGUUUAUCAAGAUAUGACAUCCUUCCCUUAAUUUCCAAUAAUAACUGCAGAUACUUCUUGUGAUUCAAAUGGCACUACUAUAUCAGUAACUCUUUAAGACACUUCUGAUAGAUAUUUGUAGACCAUAAUAAAAUAAACAGUUGGUGAAAAACAGAUUUUUUAUACUUAAAAAGCAUUGACAGAAGUCUAAUGGUAUUAUUUUAUUUUGAGGAAUUAAAUUAUACCAUCACCGAAAUUAUAUCAUCAACUUGAUUUUAAUGCUGAUUAUGAUCUAUUUGGAAAGGCUGUUUAAAUGCUAGCUCCAUGUAAAUACAAAAUAGCUUAUGCUAGUGAUGCCACAACUGAUCAUUUGAAAUUGAGACUUAGAAUGAAAGAGUUCAGAAUAUGGAACAAAGCUAUGUCAAUAGUAGAACUUUAGGAGUAUGAAAGGACUACUUUGCCUCUUAGAUUUCCUUCCUUAGCAGUAUUGAUAAAGAUGAACAAUUUUGAUUUUAUUGAUGAAAUAACUGGGAGAUCAAACUUUAAAGCUGACUUCAAAGAUUUCAAGAUAAAGUAUGAUAAUUAAACCAGAAAUAAUUGCCCUCUUGGAAUGAGAUAGACUAGAGGAAAUUGUGAUUAUAAUAGAGGUAAAACUAUUGAUUUCGGUGGCUAAAACAAGCUAACUAUUAAUUUUGAAUCUACAAUUGAAAAGUUUUAGUAAGAUUAAGAAUUAGAUUUUACUCUCGUUUUCAUACUAAGAAGCUAUUUCAACAAAGACAUAAACGCUGAAUUUCAAUUAUAAUCAGAUAAUAUUCACAUCUUAAACAACAAGGAGGACUCAGACUGCAAUUAUCCUUUCAAGUAUUCUCAUUAAGAAAUCAUUAAUACACAAUUCUUUGCAAGCAACUUUAUGGAUGGGCUUUAUGUGUUUGACUAUACUAAUGGUUAGAUAAGUUAUCCUUCUGUCUAUCCAUCUUAAUUAAUAUAAUGGGCAAGUGGAUGUAUUGGUGGAAUGAAUAAUGAAGCAAGUUUCAUGCAAGGUUGCUUGCCUAAAGCUGAAUUAUACUUUCACAAUGCCUCAUUAUCUUACUCAUUCGUUAAUAGUAUUGAUUUUAAAUGGUAGUUCAGCACUGGUUUAUGGUAUAAACCUAUAAAACUCAGUUAAAUUUCAAAUUUCUACAGCUAUUUUUAUUUAUUACCUGGAAUAAUUGGGUUUGGGGCGUUUGAUUAGGAUCAUUCAAAGAACUUCAAUUUUUGUGUAAUCACUGUUAAAGAAUCAACUAAAGUAAAGAAAUGUUUUGAUAAUGUGAUUUUUCAAGAGGAUCAAUGGUAUGGCAUAACAACAGUGAAAACAAAUUAAGGAUAUUGGCUAUUCUAUUUGAAAAACAUGAUUAUAGGACAAGUGGAGAACUUUACUGAACCAUUUAGCGGCUAGCUUAAGUCUAUAUCAAUCGGAGAUUAUUCAUUGGCAGAUGCUAAAAUGAAGAUCAAGAAUGUAUUCGGGAUUGCUAAAGAACUAUAUUCACUCCUUUUCUACUAUAAACUCGAUGAGGACGUAGGAAGUACAUUUUAUGAUAGUUCUCUCUAUGGAAACAAUAUAAAUUCUUUAUCUAUUAAACAGGGUAAUAAUGGAAAGAUUUUGUGGGAUCCUUAGUGGGAACGGGUAUUAAUGAAUGAAGAGACCUGGACUAAUGAUUUCAUCAAUUAUUAAUACAUGGAUAGAGGUAUCUUAUUUUAGAAAGGGAAAACAUAGAAACUCGUGCUUUAAAAUAUAUAAGAUAUGAGUCAAGAAUAUACAAUUCAAUUAUGCCUUUACCUGACAGAUUUAUCUGCAAUUGAGACUGAAGUUCUUGGUUUAACAUAAUUGACUAAAUUAAAUGUAGCCAAACCUAAUAAAAUUAUUCAUUAGCCGAAUUUAAAUUCUCGUUUGGAGUACGAUUCUGACAUAAUUAUUUACAAAUCAUGGCUAUAUAUAGCACUUGGCAACUCUUUCAUCAAUAAUGAAUUGUAUCUUGUUUUGGAUAAUGUGACUUAAUCAACAAUAAACAUAAAAAAUGAAAGUUAUAAAUCUGAAAUUAGUGGUCUUGUCUCAUUUUAUAUUGGGUCAGACGAUGCAGCAUAUACAUUCAGUGGAUAUUUGAGGCAUAUUAAGAUAUUUAGAAAAUUCCUUUCAGUUGGCUAAGCUUUUUAAAUUCUGCAUCAUAAAACUGGAAUUAUUAACUCCAUGAACAAUAUUAAUCUUGCAUCACUCUAUCCAUUAACUGAACCAAUGGGAAAUUUAAUCAGAGAGCAAGUCUCUGGAGUUUUUACAAUAAAUGAUAGCUAUUAAUAUGAAUAUAUUUCCUAUCCUAGUCUUCCAAUAAUGUGUGAUGGAGACACUCAGUACUCAAAUAGAGGCUACUGCUAACCUUCUAAGAAGAUCCUAUAACUGAUAGAUGAAAUUUCAAUCAUUAUUGAUGCAAAAUACACAAAAUGUUUUUCAGUUUCCUUUUGGGUCUAUUUCUAAUCAAUUCAACAAUUCUAAAUGCAAAUUCAAAAUAGAGUAUACUUGGAUGUGGACUUAGCUAGAGAUUCUGUACUACUGUAGUAGAGUUUAAACGAUGCUCCCUUUAUGAAAAUUGCAGGUGGAAUUGGAGAUAAAUACCUAAACAAUUGGAUGCAAAUCACAUUCAAAUUAUGCGACUAAAUUAAACAAGCCUAUUUACCAAAGAACAAAGAUUUAUCGAUCUUGAUUGGAUAUUUUAAGCUAGAUGAGAGCGGAGGUAGUUAUCUUUACAACACAGCUACUCAUGCUAAAAUAAGCAGAGUUCUUUAAUUAGUAGAUGGUAGAAUUAAAUGGGCCUAUGAAACCGUUAUAUCUGAUUAAAACUAGACUCACCUCGAUAUAAAAUGCAAUGAACCCUCAAUAUUCUUUAAAAAGUCAAAUAAUGAUGAUUAUUACUUGGAUUGCUAUUAAGAUUGCAGUAAAUGCAAUGAGCCUUGGAUAAAUAAUUGUGAUAGAUGCUUGAAUUCAUUGUACGAAAAAACUUGCAUUUUUAUUUGCCCUAAAUAUACCAUAGAUGUCUAUGAUUCUGAUUUAGACCAAAAUGUUUGCAAACCUUAUGUAUUGAAGAAUCGAAUGCACUCUAUAUAAAGUUACCUCAAUCAGACUGCAUUAACUCAUGCCAAGAAGGAACAUAUUAUGAUUAAAUAUAUUCAGCCUGCCUUCCUUGCUCUUAUUAAUGCUAAACUUGCACUGGACCAAAUAAUGGGACCAGGUUCUGAUAAGUGUGUUAAAUGUGCUUCAGACUAUGCAAUCUAUCUUGCAAAAUGUACCCUUUGUGAUUUGAUCCCUGGAUUCAAAUUACCUAUGAUUGAAAGAAAAUGCACAGAGAUAUGUGGAGAUGGAAAAAGAUUAGGAUAAAAUGAAUGUGAUGAUGGAAAUUUGAAUAAUGGAGAUGGAUGUGAUGAAAAUUGUAUCAUUGAACCGGGCUUUAGUUGUGAAAAUUCAAUGUGCUAAAAAUAAGAACCACCAAAAUUAAUAAUUUAAUCAUUUUCCAGCACCCAAAUAGCUUUCUCAUUUAAUUAGCCGAUGAAAACUUAGGAAGGAUCUCUAACGAAUGAUGAUCUAGAACUAUCAAUAAAGUUGCCAGAUAACACCGAAAAGAAUUUAACUUGGACAGGUGAAAUAGAUUAGGAAUCAAUCAGGAAAAAUAAGUACAAUUUGCAAAUAAAAAUCUAAUUUUCACUCAAAGGAGAUGAAGUGCUUGUGAUAAAAUUGCUCUCAAAUAGAUUUAAACCAUAAAAACAGGGAAUUCCAAACUCAAUAAGUCAACAGUCAGCAAUUAAGCUUUUGCCUUAUGAAUAUAAAAAUAAAGAAAGAUCAGAUUUAAUGAUGGCCAUAAUAGGUCAAGCUUAGACUGUAAUUAUUUCAGUAGUAAGUUCAAAUAUGGUAGCUUAAAUAUUAAUGCAAGGGAUAAUGAGUCAGAUGUUCGAAAUGAUCAAUACUCUAUAAAUCCUAUAUUAUAUGCCUUUGAUUCAAGUUUAUUACCCUCAAGACCUUAGAGAUUUCCUUGAUUUUUUGUCAACUUCUAAGUUUAAUAUACCUGUUCCAGGUAUUUCAGAUCCUGAAUCCUUUAUUAACAAUUUAAUCGAUGAAAAAGAUUACAAAGAAAAGAUAUUUAAUUAGGCAUUUUUUGAUUUUGGAAUUUAAGUUUUAAACGGUUGA